AUGCAUGCAGUGAUUUCAUCGGAUUUAAAGCAACAAAAAGAUUUAAACUACACACUAAUUGGAGAUAUAGAGGCUAAUAAUCUGCUUCAGCUAGCAUAUUUUGAUGAACCCCUCCCUUAUUGUGGCUGUGGAAUAGGAUGGUUUUGUCUAUUGGUUGGAUUUGUGUUCCCUUUGCUGUGGUAUUAUGCAACAAUCUUGUACUUGAGAAAUUACUAUCAAAAGGAUCCAAGGGAGAGAACAGGACUUGCUGCUAGUGCAAUAGUGGCUUUGAUAUUUACAAUAGCAGUGCUUAUUGCAGUAGUGGUUAUUGUCCUUUGAAUCUUUUUGAUGUUUUCCAUAUUAACUCAAUGUAGAAACUAGAAAGAGCACUAACCAAAGAUCAACCGUGUAAAUUGAUACAUGCACAAAUCUUCUAGC